GAUCGUUUUGUUUCCCCCCGGGCGUUUGUUUCCAGCCGGGUCCGUCCGCUGUGACGUCAGUUCCGGCGCGGCGCCGUCUCCGCAGCGACCAUGGCCCUGAACGCGGGCACGGAGCCGGCCCCGGGGGCGGCGGAGCUGGAGGCGCGGCGGGGGCGGCAGGAGCGGGUCAGCCGGGCCAUGGGGCAGCUGCUGCUGCGGGGGUACCGCAUGCUGGGCCGGUGCUGCCCCCACUGCGGGACCAUCCUGCUGCAGGACAAACAGCGGCAGCUCUACUGCGUGGCCUGUCAGGAGCUGGACUGCGACGGGGAGGGGGGCGGCCCCGCCCCGGACCCCCCGGCCGCCUCCGCUCCAUCCCCCCGCCAACCGGCCGCCCCCCGUCCCGAACACUGCGAGGGAGCUGCGACGGGUUUACGGGGGGCUCCCCCCGGGCCCCCCCCCGAAGAAGCGGCGGUGGGGGCGGCGCGGGCGGCGGUGCUGGAGAAAUUGGGGUGGGCGGCGCGGGAGCUGCCCCGUACGGCUUCGGCCGAGGGCAGCGUCCAGCUCUGCGCCCUGGUGCGGGCCUGCGCCGAGGCCCUGGGGGGGCUGCAGGCCCUGGCCCCCCCCGGCACCCCCCCAUAAACGCUCUGCCGAUGGCA